CUGGCCCCACAACAAGACACAGGUAAAUGACAACAUCUAUAUGAAAAGAUAAUAUGUAGAAUACAUUCAUGAGAAAAUUAUGUAAAAAAAUAUGCAAUAAAAAAUAUUUUCAGGUGCCGGUCUCUGUGUGUAGUCCAAGUUGUCCACGUGGUACAAGGAAGGCUGUGCAGAAAGGAAGGCCAAUCUGCUGCUUUGACUGUAUACAAUGUGCAGAGGGGGAAAUCAGUAACAUAACAGAUUCUGUAACUUGUAUCAAGUGCCCACCUGAACUGUGGUCUAAUGAAAAGAAAGACAGAUGUGUCUUAAAGUUGGUGGAAUUCCUGACUUUUGAGGAAAUAAUGGGAACAAUUCUUGUAUUAUUUUCUUUGUUAGGAGUAGCUUUCACUAUCUUUAUUGCAGUAAUUUUCUUUAAACACAAGGACACACCAAUUGUUAGAGCAAAUAAUUCUGAACUGAGCUUCUUGCUGCUCUUCUCUCUCACUCUGUGUUUCCUCUGUUCACUCACAUUCAUUGGUCAGCCCUCUGAGUGGUCUUGUAUGCUGCGCCACACAGCAUUUGGGACAACAUUCGUCCUCUGUAUCUCUUGUGUUCUGGGGAAAACAGUAGUAGUGUUAAUGGCCUUCAGGGCUACACUUCCAGGCAGUAAUGUCAUGAAAUGGUUUGGGCCUCUACAACAGAGACUCAGUGUUCUUGCCUUCACUCUUGUACAAGUCAUUAUUUGUGUACUUUGGUUAACAAUAGCCCCUCCUUUUCCAUACAAAAAUAUGAAGUAUUACAAGGAAAAGGUUAUAUUAGAAUGUCAUGUAGGCUCAGCUAUAGGUUUCUGGGCAGUGCUGGGUUAUAUAGGAUUCCUGGCUCUUUUGUGUUUUAUCUUGGCUUUUCUGGCCCGGAAGUUGCCUGACAAUUUCAAUGAAGCCAAAUUCAUCACAUUCAGCAUACUUAUAUUCUGUGCAGUUUGGAUCACAUUUAUUCCUGCUUAUGUCAGCUCUCCUGGAAAAUUCACUGUAGCUGUAGAGAUAUUUGCCAUUUUAACAUCAAGCUUUGGUUUACUAUUUUGCAUAUUUGUUCCAAAAUGUUAUAUAAUCAUGCUGAAACCAGAUAAGAAUACAAAAAAACAAAUAAUGGGUAAAGCAUCUGCUAAAUGAUUUAGCUGUUAAUCUGUUUAAAUUAUGCAUCUUGUUUGAAAAGCAAAUUCUAU